AUGUCGUCGACUCUCCUGGUGUCCUGCAUUGCAGGCUUGACCGUUCUCUACCUCUACCAUGUCAAUCGAAGAAUGUCGGAGCUCCCGGAGGAGGCCCUCCAGCUGUCUCCUCACCGAUGGACAGUCGAAAAAAUCAAGGAAGCCUACCAGAAGGCAAUCGAUUCCCCAGUGGAUGUGAGCAAGAGCCUCCCACCAAAGCAGCAUAGGCGGUAUGUCGUUGUGGGCGGAUCAGGCCUCGUCGGCAACUGGAUUGUAACACACCUUCUUGCUCGUGGCGAAAGCCCGGCUGCCAUCCGUAUUCUAGAUCUUCAUUCUCCCCAACAGCAGAUCCUUGAUCAAGGCGUGGCUUAUGUCCAGACCGAUAUCACGGAUGAAAAAGUCGUGCGGGCAGCUUUUGCGCAACCCUGGCCGGAGGAUGUCGCCAACCUCCCGUUGACUGUCUUUCACAAUGCAGCCAUAAUCAGGCCCGGGGAUCGGCACAAAGCCUUCCUCCCUCUCUGUAUGAAUGUCAACGUCAAUGGCACCCGGAAUGUACUCAACGCGGCCAAAGAGCACGGGGCAAGCUGUUUCGUGUCGACCUCGUCGGGGUCGGUUGGAAUCCACCGUCCGUCAUUUUGGACGGCUCCCUGGAAAAAGUGGCCAGAUCAGAUCGUCCAGAUCCUCGGUGAUUCGACACCUCAGCCGAAGAAACACGACGAAUUCUUCGGCAACUACGCCGUGUCCAAAGCGGAGGCAGAGAAGAUUGUUCGUGAGGCCGACGACCUCGAUUCGAAUUUCCGGACCGGCUGCAUCCGACCUACGAACGGCAUCUAUGGCAUCGGCGACGAUACCAGUGCCACGGUCACAGGAAUGUACUUGAGAACAGGCGGGACCCCGACUUGGACACACCGCGUCAUUCAAAGCUUCGUCAACGCCGAAAACGUCUCCGUUGCACACCUUCUCUACGAACAGCGCCUCAUCGAACACACUGCGUCCCCAGCCUCCUUGCCCAACAUCGGCGGCCAGUCCUUCGUCGUCACAGACCCGAACCCUGCUAUCGCCUUCAGCGACAUUUAUCUCUUGCUCACCACCCUCGCCGAAACCCCCAUCAAGUUUUCCCGCGUUCCACCCGUCCCGUUCUACCUCCUCUCCCUGGUCAUCGAGUGCUACUCUCUCAUCCAGCACGUCUACUUCCCUCGCCUCCUCCCCAGGCUCACCGGCGACCUCGCCCAGCUGCAGCCCGCGCUCUUUGCCGUCUCGAGCGUGCAUACCAUCGCCGAUGACUCGCGCGCGCGCCUCGCGCUGGCGCAAGGUGGACUCGGCUACAAGGCCCCCAUCACCACCCUGGAAGGAUUGUGUAAGCAGCUGGUGGAGUGGAACCAGAAUGCCAAGAAUGGUACAGUAGGUGCGGUCGAGAAGAAGGGGAUCGUGUAUGUUCCAGAUGAUGGGGUGGAUGUGGAUAUAGUCGUGCCGCAGAAGAAGCUAUAG